CGUACAGGUAUAGCUUCCUAUGGUGUUACUUCAAAAGACUUUUGUCACGUAUUGUAUGGAUAAUUCAGUUUAGUUGAGAGAACGUAGUCGAUGGAAGGCGACUGCCACAGUCCUCUGGUAGGGGACACGGCUCUCCCUCCCACCUCCUCGGACCCUCCACCGGACCUGGCGGGAUCAGCGGUCGGGUCGACCCUCUCCUGCGUGCCGAGAGCCACCGAGACGCUGCCGGGACCGGAGGCAAGCCCCAUGAAGGCCACGCUUCCAAACAGUAACCAGGUGCGCUCCGUGGUUCUGUGCGGAGUUCCGAUCAUCUCGCUCAUGAUGGAGGGGAAAGAACGGCUGUGUCUGGCGCAGAUCUCUAAUACUUUACUCAAGAGUUUCAGUUAUAACGAGAUCCACAACCGUCGCGUGGCCCUGGGCAUCACUUGUGUUCAGUGCACGCCCGUCCAGCUGGAGCUGCUGCGGCGGGCCGGGGCCAUGCCCAUCUCGUCCCGCCGCUGCGGCAUGAUCACCAAGCGGGAAGCCGAGCGGCUCUGCAAGUCCUUCUUCGGCGACACCACGCCGCCCAAGCUGCCCGAGAACUUCGCCUUCGAGGUGGCGCACGAGUGCUCCUGGGGCUGCCGUGGAAGAUUUUACCCGUCCCGCUACAACAGUUCCCGGGCCAAGUGUGUGAAGUGUGUCUUCUGUAACAUCUUCUUCUCCCCCAACAAGUUCAUCUUCCACUGUCACCGCAUGCCCGACUCCAAGUACAAGCAUCCCGACGCAGCAAAUUUCAACGCUUGGCGGCGUCACCUGAAGCUGGCGGCCGACAAGCCCCCAGAGGACCUGCUGUACGCCUGGGAGGACGUCAAGGCCAUGUUCAACGGCGGCAACAGGAAACGCGCCCUCAGCAACGCGUGUAGCUCAGCCACGCUGUCUCAGGCCAAGAAGCAGAAAUCCCAACAGGAACAGAAAAUGCCAUUAGAACCGAGCAUGCCGACAUUCCCCCUCGACCCGUCCUUCCCCGUCCCUCCCUUCGGCAGCAAGGCGUUCCUCUCUCCCCCGUACUUCCUCCGACCACAGUACCUACCGCACAUCCCCAUAUGUUCCUCCACUGUUUCCAGCAUGCACGACAAAACCUCCACACAGAGUAAGAACGUGCACCCAUUCGUGCUAGAUAACUUUUUCCACUACAACUUUCCUCCAUUUAGCCUCCCGGUGCUCACGAAUGAACGGAAUCAGACUUUUCGGAGCGAAAGCCUUGAAAGUCCGGCUGCAACCACCCAGAGUACAGAUCUGUUCUUGCCGAAGAUAGGGGUGGCCAACACUACUAUCACGUCGCUACGGAGUCCCAUCGUGGGGUACAUGUCAGCCUUCCGGCCGGUCAUACGAGCACCCUCUGGACGGGAGAGAGGCACCAACAUGAUACUACCAGGGGUUGAGGCAGACGUUUCCACAAUGACGUCUUCCGAGGACGGCGAGGAGGAAAGCGGCCAUGGUGGUGCAGUCGGCGCCGAGGUCCGAAUCGCAGUGACUUCGGAGGGCGCUGAUGCCAAAGAGAUUCCCGAAGAACGAAUACACGUAGACGAAGAACGUACAGAACACGGCAAUGAAAGCAACAGAAACUGGAUUGGACUGACCAGCAUUGCGCCUCCGGGCACCAGUGAAGUGUUCCCGAACAUUUCAGCGGGUCAGCAGUUACAAGUGCCCUCAGCAUCCGAGCGGUUUGGAGGGAUGACAUCCGUGGAUGAGGAGGACGUCCCUGGAACAUCCACGUCUACAUCCGUGUCUGAGGCCCACGACGCUCUGCACAACUUCUCCUGUGAGAUGCUGGUGACCCGAAGUCGCCAAGACAACUAG